AUGACUAAAAAUCAUUUUAAUUAUUUACAUUCAUUAAUAAGUCUAUAUAUAAAAAACAAAAUUGACUGUAAGAAAGCCAUAAGCACAGAAGAGAAAUUAGCAAUCUGUUUGAGGUACAUGGCUACAGGUAGUUCAUUUACUACAAUUGGUUACAAUUUUAAGAUAGCGGGCCCUACAGUUUUAAAAAUUGUAUCCAAAGUUUCCAAUGCAAUAUGGAAGUGUUUACAGCCAAUAUUUAUGAAAGAAAUGACUACAGAAUUGUGGCUGGAAAAUGAGCUCUAUUUCAGGCAGAAAUGCAAUUUUCCAAAUUGUGUAGGCGCUAUUGAUGGGAAGCAUGUUUAUAUCAAAUCACCUUCCAACUCAGGAUCAGACUAUUUUAACUAUAAGAAAUCGUUUUCGUUAGUACUACUUGCUGUUGUCGAUGCAAGAUAUAAAUUCAUUGCAAUAGACUUUGGAUCAAAGGGACGUUUCAGUGAUGCAGGAAUAUUUAGCAACUCUGCAUUUGGAAAGAAACUAAAAGAUAAUUCAUUAUUUCUACCAGAAUCCAAAUCUUUAGAAGAAGGUGGUAUGGAAAUGCCUUUCAUAUUUGUUGGUGACGAAGCAUUUCCACUGCUUCCAAAUUUAAUGAGACCAUACCCUCAAUCGCAACUAAAUAAUCAGAAAAGAAUAUAUAACUAUCGUCUAAGCAGAGCACGGCGAGUUGUUGAACAAGCGUUUGGAAUACUAGCAGCACGAUGGCGAGUAUUUCAUACUGCAUUUGGUUGUAAUAUCCACACAGUUGACAAAGUUAUUAAAGCGGCCUGUGUUCUGCAUAACUAUUUGAGUGAAGAUAACGAAAUUCAGACUGAAAACAGUAUUAACAGUGUGUUGCGUCCUUUGCGACGAGGAGGCAAUAGCCCUUCUAUUACAGCCUAUCAGAUAAGAGAAGAAUUUUCCAAUUAUUUUAACGGCAGUGGUAGCGUACCUUGA